AUGACAACAAAGAAACCUCUGCUAUUGGAUGGCCGAACGGGGGAAGGCGGUGGCCAGAUUGUAAGGAUAGCCUGUGGCCUCUCGGCCGUACUAUCACGACCUAUCCACAUUGACCAUGUGAGAGGGAAUCGUCCAGGGCAACGAGGAGGCGGCUUGAAGGCACAGCACGUAGCGGCCAUCCUAUGGCUAGCGGAAGCUACAGGAGCUGAAGUCGAUGGGUUGGAGGUCGGCAGCCAAUCUCUGGAGUUUAGGCCGUUGCAGCCUCCCACCACACUUCAGGAGCGCAAAUUCGAGAUCGUCGCCGGAAGCAGUGCCUCAAGUACUCUGCUUAUCUUCCAGGCAAUCUUCCCUUUCCUCUUAUUUGCAGGGAAUGACGCCGGAGAGCCUAUCGAGCUCGAGAUUCACGGUGGGACAAAUGUGUCUUUCUCACUGUCAUAUGAGUAUUUCGAUCAAGUCUUGUUGCCUACCUUAAAUGAUCGGUUCGGUAUCACUGUUGAGAGACAGUUAAAGACGCGAUCCUGGGCAACAGGCCCUCUGAAAAGGGGGUGCAUUUGGCUAAGGCUCCAGCCUCUUCCGCCAGGAAGAACCUUGAAAGUUCAAGAACCGUGGGACAGGCCAAUCACCACGGAAGACUUCAAGCUCAAGCAGGUUGACGUGAGCAUGCUUGUGCCAUAUGCUCUCCAUAAACCACUAGAGAAGGCCCUUGCGAGCGAUCUUGGGGAACUAUUCCCUGGCGUGGACAUUAAUUUCCUAUUAUUGGAAGACAGCGGGCAUGAUGCUCGUAUGUACACCUUGCUAGUAGCUCACUCCCAUACUGGUCUCCGUUGGGGCCGUGAUUAUCUACACGAUAAAUCUCGGAAGAACAAGACGCCAGAAGGUCUGAGCAUAGAAAUAUCGCGGAAAGUCUGCCAUGACCUUUUUGAAGAGAUUGCGAUCCGCAGAGUCGUUGACGAGUACCUCCAAGAUCAGUUAGUCGUAUUCCAGGCAUUGGCAGACGGUCGAACAAGCUUCCCUCGAGGUCCUAAGCCAGCAGAUUCACAAGGCAGUAGUCCUGACGGCAUAAGUCAUCUCGAGACAUCUCUCGGGGACUUGAAGUUGGACAAGAAGAUGAGGAAGGAUAAGACACAUGAACCUUUCGGAGAUGGGUCUAUGCACACUACCACAGCCAGAUGGGUAGCGAGUAAGUUGCUUCCUACGGUGCAAUGGUUCAAUAAGGGGACCAUUGUAGAUGGUGCUGGUGUGUCUCUUUCUUAA